ACGCCCUUACAGUAAGUGAAAGUGAAACUUAAGGAGCAGCAGAGGACCACAGGAGGAAAAACACGCAGGACGUCGACUACAAACAUGGGCAUCAAACAUUCCAGAGAGACUGGUCCCAUAGUGUGCUGUGAUCCGAUGUCAAACAGCACGAGAAUGGUCAUCCUGGGAAAAACUGGAGUUGGGAAAAGCAGCCUGACUAACACCAUAUUUGGAGAGCAGCUGGUCAAGAUCGGACACACUCUCAGCUCUGAAACAAGAUCAUGUCAAGCAGUAACUAAACCUGUCAAUGGAAGAGACGUCACUUUGAUUGACAGUCCUGGUUUCUUUGACACAGAUCGAUCUGAGAAGGAGAUGAAGGUUGAAAUAGUGAGGUGCAUCACAGAGUGCGCUCCUGGGCCUCAUGCCUUUCUCAUUGUGCUCAAAGUGGAGAGAUUCACCGAGCACGAGCAGGCUGUCAUCACUAAAAUAAAAAAAAUGUUUUCUGAAGAAUUUUUCCAGUAUGCGACAGUCCUCUUUACUCAUGGUGACCAGCUCCCUGAAGGAGAGACCAUUGAGGACUGUAUCAAAGAUAAUGUGCCUGUGAGGGAUCUGGUUGCAAAGUGUGGAGGCCGCUGCUACGUCGUUGAUAAUAAAUACUGGAAGAACAACCAGCAGGAAGAAUACAGGAACAACCAGGUCCAGGUGAAGGAGCUCCUCAAGACAAUAGAUCAGAUGGUGGAGGCAAACGGAGGAAGAUGCUACACCAAUGAGAUGCUACAAGCAGUGCAGGAAAGAAUAAUACAGGAGGAGCAACUCAUUAGACAGUCAUCAGGAAACAUGUCAGAGGGAGAGAUCAGAGAGGAGGCUAAAAACAGAACAGUUCAGUGGCUUGGUAUCUGUUUGGCAGCUGUUACAUCAGUUGUAUUGUUCGGAGCUUUUUUUGGCCUCGGAGCGAGUCUCAGUGUAGUUGUCUCAGCUAUACAGGCAUUGGUUACCCUCAACAUAAAGGCAUGAGGUGCAACAGGUGUAAGAGCAACUACUGGUGCAAAGUCAUAAUUGCAUGUACACAUGACAUCUAUUGACAUCUAUUCAUCUGUCCAUCCGGUGAAAGGGAUCCUCCUCUGUUGCUCUCCUGAAGGUUUCUUCCCUUUUUUCCCUGUGAAAGUUUUUUUUUUUUUUUCCUGAUCCGAUGUGAGGUCAAAGGUCAGGGAUGUCGUAUGUGUACAGAUUGUAAAGCCCAAAUUUGUAAUUUGUGAUAUUGGGCUUUACGAAAUGAAUUGAAUUGUAGUGGUGCUGCAGGACAUUGUGCAGCUGAGGGAGCAGACACACUAUUGGAAGAGAGGGCAGCGAAGGUCGUCAUUGAUGGAAGCAAAUCUACUGCGGACCAAGUAAAACAUAGUUUGAGUUAAACCAUAGAGUUUAAACCUGUAAUGAGCAAAAACUCUUGAAGGGUUAGUUAAAAAGUUUCCCAAUAUAUUACAAUAUUAAUAUAAACAAUAUUUAACCACUGAGAUUAUUAUGUUUAAUCAUAAGUAAUAUGUUUGAUGUGUUAUAGUGUAAAUUACUUAUUCAUAAGAUUCAUCGUCAUUUAAGUUUUAUUCUCUUUGAUGAAUUACGAUUUCUUUCUUUUUAUUGAGUGUUUUGGUCUCAUCACUGUUUUCUUCACAUAUAAUCUCAUAUUAUUUAGUGUAAAUUGAAUGAUGGCAUCCUUAAUUAUGUUUUUCUUUCAUGUAUCAAUAUGUAAUCACAUGUUCUUUGUUGACUGAAUGGUGAGAAGAAGUAAAUAAGUGAACUCUUGGUUCACCUCAUCAUCUUGAAAGUCUUAUUGGAAAUGUAAACUUUGACAUUUUGUCUUUUCUUUUACUUAAUUGUUUACAUCAUUGAUAUUUAUAACCAUUUAUCUUCUUUUAUUGCACAAAAACAACAAAUAAAACUGGUUUGUAUUCUGUACAUUCCAACCAAA